AUGAAAGAAAUAGGUGGAGGAUGUUUUAAUGAAUGUUUAUCACUAACAAGUAUUAAUAUACCAACAACAAUUAGUAAAAUAGGAGGAACAUGUUUUUAUGGAUGUAAAUUAUUAAAGAAUAUCAAUAUAAAAAAUGUCCAAUUUGUUAGUGAAAACAGAAUAUUUUUAAAUGAACCAAUUUUAUUGAGUAUUAGAAUCCCAGAAAAUAUAAAAGAGAUUAACAAAAAAGAAAUAAAACAAAGAAAUAUCAACGAAUUUAUUUUACCAACAACAAUCACUAAAUUAACAGAUGAGUGUUUUAGUGGAUGUACUUCAUUAACGUCAUUAAACAUCCCUACAACUGUAAGUGAAUUGGGAGAUUAUUGUUUUUGUGGAUGUACAAGAUUAAAAUCAAUUAUUAUACCAUCAACAGUUAGUAAGAUUGGAGACGAAUGUUUUAAAGGAUGUCAAAACAUAAAAAUUAUUAAAACAUUAAAAGAGUCCAAUAAAGAAAAUACAGAAUGUGUUUUAGUGUAA